UAAAUGCGUGAGGAGGGAGGGCGCGAGCACGCUGAGCAGAAAGUCGCUCUGUGGAAAGUCUCUUAUUAGUGAGGCGAGUUUGUGGACGCGCAGCCCUCAGAGCGCUUCUCCUCUCAACACGGGCAGAAUGCCACGGAAAUUACAAUAAAUGGCGCUCAUUCGGCGGAAGAAAAGUCAGCAGUUGCUGGUUUUGAGUUGGGUUUUGUGGCUUCCAGUUGUUUUCUGUUUCAGUGAGUUGUCGUUUGUGACCGAACCCAGUGACAAGAGAGUAUCUCAGAACGAUCAUGUAGUGAUGGACUGCUUGGCCCAAGGAGAACCACCCCUGGACGUCCGAUGGCAGAAAAACGGGGCCAGAGUUCUAGAGAGUGAUCGUAUUCGUUUCUUGCCUAAUGGAUCUCUGUAUUUGUCAUCUGUAAACAGAGGAGUAGAACAAUCAGACGAAGGCUUUUAUCAGUGCCUUGCUCGCAACAAAUACGGAGCCAUCCUAAGCCAAAGAGCUCACCUUACAAUCUCAAGUAUCUCAUCCUUUGUGACCCAACCCUCUCCUGUGGUAGUUAACGAGGGUUCUGUAGCUAGGUUUGUCUGCAGUGUCAAUGCCAACCCACCAGCCAUAAUCACAUGGGAAGUCAACCAAAGAGUUCUGCCUCUGGAAACAGAGAGAAUUGCUGUGUUGCCAAAUGGAGCUUUGCAGAUCCAUGAGGUAAAACUGGAGGAUGCUGGGUUUUACCGCUGUAUCGCCACCAACACUGCCAGUCAGCUAAGAAGCAGGGAGGCCAUGCUUACUGUCAACCCAGUGCCUGGAGCCAGACCACUGAUGAAGCCCAAGAUCAUUGCAGGGCCCCAGAACAUCAGUGCCAGCUUAUACCAGACUGUUGUUCUUGAGUGUGUAGCAGAGGGCAACCCUCGCCCCUUGGUGUCUUGGAGCAGGGCUGACUCUAAGCCCAUAGACGUGUUUGGGGUCAAAGUAUUGGGAAAUGGGAACCUUGUCAUCUCCAAUGUAAAAGCCCGUCACAGUGGAGUUUACCUGUGUAGAGCAACAACACCACGCACACGUAACUACACCACGGCUGCUGCAAACCUCACUGUGCUCGUGCCUCCAUCAAUAGUAGAGAAGCCAGAGAGUCAGACUCGGCCCAGAGCAGGUACGGCUCGCUUUAGCUGUCAGGCAGAGGGUAUUCCAACUCCCCACAUCAAGUGGCUGAAGAAUGGGGAAGCCAUCCACUCCAAUGGCAGGAUUAAGAUGUACAACAGUAAAUUGGUGAUAACCCAGAUCAUUCCUGAGGACGAUGCCAUCUACCAGUGCCAGGCUGAGAACUCACAGGGCUCCGUUCUGUCCAUGGCACGGCUGAUUGUGGUCAUGUCGGAGGAUCGGCCCAGCGCGCCCCGAAACAUUCAUGCUGAGACCAUCUCCAGCUCUGCCAUCUUACUGGCCUGGGAGAGGCCUCAGUACAACGCAGAUAAAGUCAUUGCCUACUCGGUGCACUACAUGAAGGCGGAAGGUCUGAACAAUGAAGAGUACCAAGCAGUGAUUGGAAAUGAUACAACUAGCCACAUUGUGGAUGAUCUGGAGCCGGCAUGUAACUACACGUUUUACAUAGUGGCCUACAUGCCCAUGGGAGCCAGCCGUAUGUCUGAGCAAGUCACACAACACACACUGGAGGAUGUGCCUGUCCGUACCCCUGAGCUAAGCCUUACCAGCCGCAGCCCUACUGACAUUCUGGUGUCCUGGCAGCCUCUUCCUGCCAGGGUAAGUCGCGGACGUGUCUCUGCCUACCGCCUGUCUUUCCGCACUGCCGCUGAUGAACAGGUGAGCUCGGUAGAUCUGCCUGGAAGUGGUGGGAACUCCACCCACUACCUGCUUCAGGACCUGCAGCCUGACACCAUCUACCUGCUGCGUAUUGAGGUGUCCACCCGCGUGGGCUGGAGCCAGCCAUCAGCCUGGAGCUCUCACCGCACACCCAGAACCUCCAAAGCCACAGUACCCUCUGCCCCUAAUCUGGAGUUGGAGCCCUUUAACUGCACUUCAGUUACUGUGCGCUGGCAUCCUGCACCCAGUGAUGCUGUCGUUCAGGGUUACAAACUCUCCUGGCAUCCUGAUGGCCAAUCAGAGAGCUCAACUAUCCAACUCCGUCCUCAGGACUACCAGCAUACUAUUGCAGCACUUGAUCCAAGGAGAAAAUAUCAUGUGAAGCUUCUGGCCUUCAGUGCUCAUGGUGAUGGCUAUCAAGCACAUCAGAUUGUCAGCACCACUGGCUGUCCUUCUGCUCCAAACAGGAGGUUGGCCACUCUACCUGCUCCGGACCACGUCCAUGGACAGACCAACAGCUCCUCAUCUGUCAGCCUGAGCUGGGGCCGACCUGCCUUCAGUUCUGGAAAAUCAGUCAGCUAUUCUGUUCGCUAUGGCCCUGUGGCUCCGUACAACGCUUCAGCUGUACGCUAUCUCCAAACGAAUGAACAGACAGUAAUGGUGGAGGGACUAAAGUCUAAUACGCGGUAUGAGUUUGCUGUACGUUUACACAUGGAUCAAAUGUCCAGCCCCUGGAGCUCUCCCAUAUAUCUGAGAACUCUUCUGGAAGCUCCAUCGUCUCCUCCUGUGGGGGUGAGAGUAACGCUGAUAGAGGAAGACACAGCAUUGGUGUCCUGGAGGGAGCCAGAACAGCCCAACCUGACUGUGAGCCACUACACGAUUCUCUAUGCCCCUCAAAGAGCAUGGUUAGCAGGAGACUGGCAGGUCCUCCAGAGAGAAGGAAGCAAUACUAUGGCUCUGUUAGAGAAGCUGGAGCCUGGUAAUGUGUACCUGGUGAAGAUCUCAGCCUCAAAUCAAGCAGGUGAUGGCCCUUUCUCCAUCACUGUGGAACUUCCUGUGCUGAGGGGGAAAACUCACCCGGGCAAAAACCCUCGCCAUACCUACAGCCAGACUAAGACAAUAGGUGGUCUCUAUCAUUUUGAUGAGAAAUCUAUGACUGGCAUUAUGAUUGGUGUGUGUAUAGCAUUGGCCUGCAUCAUUACCUGUGUCUUCAUCCUCAUCACUAAAAGCAAAACAAGAAGAAAUUCUUCAUCCUCAAAGAUGAAUGGACAAAUGAGUGCUGAGAUUAUUCAUAACGGUGUGCCACAGGCUAAUCACCUGCAGAUAGAGAACGCUGAGAUUUUGGUACCGAUGAUGGGAAAUCACUAUAUUGACACCAAGGGUGGAUCAGCUUUGAUGAUAAACCGUGACGGACCCAUCAUCAGUAGCAGUCAGGACAGCCAGAACAGGAAGUGGAACAUUUUCAGACGUGCAGAAAAACACACGCCAAAAAAUAUCCAGGCAGUGGAGCGAGGGUGUUUUUAUGAGGUGGGGAAGAUGGUGUUGCAGUACGAGCAGGAGCAGGCCAGCACAUCUCUCCAGCACUCCUCCUUACAGGUCUUCUAUCAACCACUCGGGGAGUCUGAGAGCUCUCAGUCCAGUGAGGGCAGCGGAGAAACAGGAGAUUCUGGAAACUUCUCUCAGGAUGAGGCCGAACCGAACAGCUGUGAAGAGAAAAGGAACAGCUCAGAAAAUGUGGGAGACAUGUCCAACAUUGUAGUAAAAAUCUGUCCACACGUUUCGUCGUGAAUCUUCUUCGCUUUUACUUACCUCACUGAAUCCCAGCUGCCUUUCUCAAGCACAGUACACAGCCAGUGAUGCAGAUGAACAGGUUUGCACAUUCUCCAUCUCAGGUUAUGCUGCUCAUCAGGAAACAGACGAGAGAUCUUUAUGUGCCAAAGACCAGAGUCUUUCUCAAUCAUAUGACAAAAAUAUAUUCAAAUAGUUUUACCAAACGAGCUCACUAACUUGUGCUGCACUGUCGGCUCAAAGGCACAAGCUCAGCCGCAGACCUUACUGAUCCCUUGAAAACUUUCUCCGAUCUGUUUAAGAAGCUUUCAGAUGACUUCAGAGAGCAUUGGAGCCUUCUGUGGGAUCUAAUUAUACCUAACAAAUGUACUUCCUACUAUCUUUGUCUUCUUCUGUUUGUUCAGAAGAAAACAUACCUCACCAAAUAAUGAAUGUCUUUAGGCUAUAGAAUGUUUUCAUUGUUCUUAAAUCCUCUUUGCUGCCUACCUACCUCACUUUGAGUUUUAACUCUUCUACUUACCGAGUUGCAGUGUUCUGCGUUAUUUAUUUACAUUUUUUUAUUCUAUGAAACACGUUAAGGUAACUCAGGCUUUAUGUAGUUUUAACUGGAGCUGCUUACGGGCCAAAUUGCAGCAACGUCCUUACGGACAGACUGCCAGAAGAUCUGCAGUACCUCACUCCAGCAUGAUUUUUCUUAUCAGUAUUUUAUAUUGCUUACUUUUUUCAGUACUACCUCGUCUAAACAGCAAUUUUGUUGUGUGAACUAUUAGGGAAAAUAAUUUGCCAUGUUUGUGAAGUGUUGGACUUCUGUUUUUAUUAAUGGAUCAUAAAGGUGGUCCAUUUUUGUUUUGUGGUACUUUAUUUAAGAUAUGAAAGCUUUAAUAUUUUGUUGCAUUUUCUUCUGAAUUCUUUGCGAUGUUGAGAUCGGUUUGGUAAUUAAUUUGUAUAUGUAUGUUUUCUGUGGCAGGUUUUUAUGUUCAGUAUGCUUUGGUAAUACUUUAUUUCUUAUCUCUUGAUUUCUUGGUGAUAAGUAAGAAAUAACCAAAAAUUAGAUGCACGUAUAUAUGUUUUGUGUGUAUCAGACCUUGAAAGCUUUAAAACCCAAUGGCCUUAUGGUGCAGGGCCAUUUUGCAAUAUAUGAGUAUAUAAAAGAUACCUGAUCCAAAGAAUGAAUGAGUGAUUGCAGGAAAGUUGUAGAAUGAUGCCAAAAAAUACUGUUACUGCCAAAGAUAUAUAUAAUUAUAUUUCUGUACAUUGUAAGUGCCACAGAGAAUACAAUUUCACUGUCUUUAACUCAUUUGUCUAGCUUUAGCGUUUACCUAUUAGAUGAACGCAGUACUUUACUUUAUGACCAUACUUUUUAUAGAUUGUAGAUGACCAGCAGUGGUGACAGAUGCUAUUAUCCAAAGAGUUGUUUACUUCUUUAAUUGGGUUGGACACAAACAUGCCAAAUAACCGUGAUUAUGUCUUCCUCAAGUUUAAGGACCUACGACUGUAUGACUGAUGAAUGACUGUGUGAUUUUGAAAUUGCAAUAUGGUACCAGUCAAGUGUUUAAACACACCUACUCAUGGUGACAGCUUUGCACUGUUCACUGUGCAGCAGCUUCAUGAGGAGCCACUCAUGAAGAAGCUGAGAAGCUUUUCCAAAAGUCUGGCUGACAUUUCAGCACUUGUUGGCUGCUUCAUUUCUAAAAGCUACUAAAUGAAAUACAGACAAAUUUCAACCAUACACCUUUAGAUAUAAAUAUCGAGGUGUCAGGGGUGUCCAAGCGUUUGACUGGUACUGUCAGUAUGGAGUGUGAUAAAUUCAGUAUAUGCAGUAUCUUGCUUAUAUUUGGUAAUAUGUGGUUUCAUAGGCUGGUACGAUGUUUAAUCAAACAGUUUGGAGACGACCCUUUUGAGUGAGGUGCAACAAAAUCACUUUUCUACAUAUUUAAUAGACAAAUAAUCUAUACCAAAGAGUGUUAUGGUCACCCUAGUAUACUGAGUAGUGCUUAAUGUACUCAAAAAAUGCAUCUUGUUUUGACUACUGCACCAUAUCCAAUACAAAGUCCAUUUCAGACAAAGCUUUGCUAUAUUUAGCAUGCCACGCUAAAAAUGGAAAUCUCUCUGAAUGUGAUUAUAAUGCUGAAUGGAUGGACUCAACAGGAAACACAGAGGGGUGGUUGACUGUCUUGCUUUAUUUGGAUUAGUAUUUUAUCUGUUCUUACUUAGACUUUUGUAAAGUCCUGACAAACCUACAGAUCAGACAAGGAAGUAAUGUCAGCCCUUCAUCAGUAACGAUAUUCUUUCUUCUGAUAUGUUAUAUCCAUAAAUGGUGAAAGAAAUGCAUGUCAAUUUUUUUUUUCAGUUCUUUCUUAUAGAUAUCGUAUAAUCGAAUAAUUUCUUUACUUUGAACAGUUGUGGUUCAAUAAUCUGUCACCGGUUUUAAAUGCAGUGUUUUGUCUGUAUAGAAUUAACUAGCCUUAUGUUUUUGUGUUUGCUUUCCCCAAAGUGUUACCAGCACUCAUUAACAAACAAUAAUGAAGUGAUAUGCUGCUUUACCAUUUUUAUACAUGCCAGAAGUGGUCAAAACAAUGCAGUUUAAUAAACAUAUUUCUGAAA